UGUAUCGAGUGCUCAAAAUCUAUUCAUGAGCCCGUGUACGAAGUACGUCUGGAGCUUUGUUGCGCCUCCAUCGCCUCUAAGCCGUUUCGGAUGCAUUUUCAGCGCAGAUCACUACGAUAGUUUGCAGCACACCGCCGAUGCACGGCGACUCGAUUGGCCUCACGACGUUGCCCCGCAAUGUCAUGCUGUGCAACCGACGCUAGUGUUCGUUAUGCGCGCCUGAGUCCCUCAAUAUCAACCAAGUACCUCUCUUGAACGUCUCAAACCCGGCAGCUCUCGUUUGAACCUGUGGACUCAGUGCGAAAGCAGAUCGUUUUCGCCACGGCCUUUCAGAAAUCAUCAUGAACGCGCCAUUAUGCGCUCUUCCAAACGAGCUUCUCCUUCUGAUUGUCGACUUCGUUGAGGACAAGAGAGACCUCCGUGCGCUCGCCCAGGUCUCGAAACGCUACCAGAAUUUUGCUGAAAGUGUCCUCUAUCGGUCGACUCUAAUCAGAAACUCAACUCAGUCCGCUCAACUUCGCAAUGCUCUGCUGGGACGUCCCGCGAGAGCGGCAUGGAUCCAAUCCAUCAAUCUCCGGCCAGGCUGGUAUCAGUCUCGAAAGACCCUAGGCACCCACAUGCACUACGUCAUCUCAAAGUGCCCAAAUCUGAAGGAAUUUGCUGUCGAAUCUCCUACUUGCAAUUAUGGACGAUGGGCUAGCGGCGAGGAUGCUUGGAAGCACGACGAACAGGCCAUCCUCGAAGGAUUGGCCGUACUUGAUCCAAGUCAGCUCAGCAAAUUGACCCUGCAUCUUGACGGUAACCACGAUCGAUAUUGGGACCCAAACCAUGUGGGUGCUGCACAGUAUAGCUGGGCAAUGGUCAUGGCGUUGCCUUCCCUGGUAGAACUUACGGUCUCUUGUGCCUUGAUUCACGACAACAUAGCUAUAGGGAAGCAACACUCUGGCAAUCUAAAAAUUCUUGAGCUGGUCGAGUGUAAUAUCACCCUUGAGGGCUUGAUGCGCAUGCUCGCAGCACCGAAAGCCUUGCAAAGGCUCCAUCUAGGAGAAAACGCAUAUCAUGCAGGUCAAGGCUACGACCAGAUUCGCGGUCAACGAUUCAACAGUCUGUUUGGCUAUGAUCCAACUUCAUUCAUCAAAGCAUUGGCACAACAGUGCGGCUCUCUUGAACAACUCGAAUAUGUCGCAGGCGAGCCUAAAUUUCCGAGCAAGAGCGUGAAUGAAAGCUUUGAAAACUUUCUCAAACUCCGAGAAGUUCACCUGUCCGAGCACGUUCGCGACAACUGUCGAGAACUCAUCCUGACCGGAGCGCCAGCACUGCAAAAGGUGUACAUCGAAGUCGCCGCACUUAAACUGUUCGAGCCUCUAAUACGUUUAGAAGAGGAACAACAUGUGGGUCCUGGAAAAGUCCAAUCCGAACUGGUUGAAAAGAGGCUUGGAACAAACAUACACGACGCUCUGUUCGCUGAAAUGCAGAACAGGACGCAUCCGUCGCUGCAGGAGCUGCACGUUAUCAUGCCCCACGGGCCUGUUCCAAUCAGUGGCAGCAGACGCACCUGGAUCCAGAUGCUCGCCAAACAUUGGAAGAGCCGUGGUGUCACGCUUUUCUUAUACUAUAAGCAUAGCACGUCGAUCUUCCCGCCGAUUCUCUUCAAUGAAACGGGAAGAGCACCGCGCGACAUCCUAAUGUUCAGUCAAGAGGGCGGAUUCACCGAGGCAGCGAACGGGCCUGAUCCUUGGGGCUUUGAUAGUGACUACAGCAUUGAACUUGCCGAUCAAUUCCCCGAUAUGGUUGAUUUUUUGGAUUUCGACACUUUUUGGCAUGCCGAAGACGAUUGGGACGCCUUUGGGGAUCUAGACUUCCACGCGAGCUUUGGACUAUGAAGGAGACGCCCAGACAACGCGUUUGCGAUUAAAAUCUAUAUUUUGAACACACACGGCGGUUAUUUCAUCUGAGGAAAUCAAUGAGACCUAGGAUGUGUCCUUCGAACUUCUGAAAGGGUCUCCUACCUUACUCUUGUUCUUCAUCUCCUCGAAAGCCACGAACAAAGUUUCUGGCAACGGCCCUUUCUUGCAGGCGCGAAGGCUCUCCGCGAUCUGGCUAUCACUCGAAGCGCCCAGAAUCACGACGUCGUUCUCUCCAAGCGGCGAAUGGUGCAUGAACCAGCGCAUGGUCGCCUCCAGCAAAGAAAUUCCCGCAGCGGUGCACGCGUUUUGCAACAUCCGCAAAACGGCAAUGUUCUCUUCGUUGAGGUACAUGUUCCCAAAUACUCUCAUUGAAUCGAACCUGGUUCCUUUCUUUGGCGUGACGAUCUCUUCGGUUGGCUUGGCAAGCAAACCGCCAGCGAGCGGCGAGUAGGCGUAGAAGGUCAUGUUCAGCCUUUUGAGGAGUGGCAACAGGUUCGAUUCGGACUGGUGCCGGUUGAUAGGAUUGUAGCCACCUUGAUAAGCGGUUGGAAGCGGAUACUUGUUCUUCUCGCAGAUACUGUAUACCUCUUGCACUUGCGUCGGAGUGAGAUUGGAAAUCCCCCACCGAUCAAUUUUUUUUUGUUCAUGUAGCGAAUUGAUAGCACGACACUGCUCCUCAAAGCCUGUCCUUGGAUCCGGUCCGUGCAAGUAGUACAGAUCGAUUGUGUUCACCCGCAGUGCUCUCAGGGACUUUUCGCAGUUAAGGAUGAUGUUGUCAUACUCCAGCGAGCCAGGCGUGAAAGCCGGUGCCUUGGUCGCGAUCAAGAAAUCUUUGUGCGCUUGC